CAAGUAUUAAAAGUUAAAUGUCAAAGUCAAAUGAUGAAUUGAAAAACCAAUGUAAAUUUUAUAUUUCAUAAAUACUAAAUAUUUAAUACACGAAACUAUGAUUGCAUUUACCAAACUAGUAUUUGUAGCCUUAAUUAUAGCCACUACCUCAGCAAGCACCCUAGAACAUGAUGGAUCAGUAACCAUUCGUCUUCAACACUCUUUAACUUUUCAAAACCCUCCUAUUUGGACUGAAAGAGGAAACAUAACUAUAGUGAGUUUGAGACUAGGGCAGGCCACAGUGGACCAAAAGCCUCUUUUGACAGAAGAAAAGAAGCUGUUAAGGGACUUAUCUGCAAAAAAUAGCUAUUAUCAGAUCAAAGCCAUAGUUACAGCAAAUGAUGGAUCACAAAAGUCUUUUAUAUCCACAUUAAAAGCUUGUAUGUUGGUAGAAUCUGAGCUAGAUGAUAGACUCUCUGUUUCUAUUGACUAUAUGGGUAGAGUAGUAGGUGUGAGCUCAGUUAUAGCCUCCAAUUCUGCCUGUGAAGGAGCUAUCGUUCCAUAUGAAAACCUGAAACAGUUCAAUACUGUUGUAUAUGUUAGGCAUACAGAAACAGGACCCAUCCCUGACACUGCAAGCUAUGUCCAGAAAUUGGAAAAAGAGAAAGAAGCCAAGGAAAAGGUGAAACCAAAGACAAUAGAUCAUUUUUAGCAAAAUAUUGGAUGUACAUAGUUCCUUUAUUGAUAUUUAUGGCAAUAUCUUCAGCAUCUAAUCCAGAAGCCCAACAGGGUCAGUGAUAUGUGAAAUAGUUAUUAUUUAUUUGAAAUAAAUUACAUAAAAAUAUUAA